GGCGUCCUUGACCUGACCCGCUUUCCCGCCGUAUAUUUUUGUGUACGGAACUGGGUGAGAGAAAGUCAAAGAUCAGACAAAAAGAAAGAUGGCUUCCAGUGAGUUGGAACCCACCUCUGAGGUGUCUGUACCAGAGAAUGAUGAGGACUCGGACUUUGAGCCAUCCAAGGCAGCGGCUUCUGGAAGGAAGAGAGGAGGAGGGAAGGAAGCUCAUUCUGCCAUUGGUAUCAAGAGGCCUAAGAGAGGGGGCGGAGCUGGAGGGGGGAAAGGAAGGAAGAAGGAGGAGAGGGAAGACACGGAGGGCUCUUUGUUUGAGAUUGUGAAGACUGGCAAAGUUGCACUCCAGAGUAUAGUUGAUGACUGGAUAGAGUCAUACAAACAAGAGCGUGACCAGGCAUUGCUCCAGUUGAUCCAGUUCUUUAUCCAGUGCUCGGGUUGCCGUGGCAAGAUAUCACAACAGAUGUAUGAGACCAUGGAACAUGCUGAGAUCAUUCGGAAAAUGACAGAGGAAUUUGAUGAGGAAAGUGGGGACUAUCCCUUAAUCAUGACUGGCCAGCAGUGGAAGAAGUUUAAGACCAAUUUCUGUGAGUUUGUCCAGGUACUGGUCAGACAAUGCCAGUACAGCAUCAUAUAUGACCAGUACAUGAUGGACAACCUCAUCUCUCUCCUCACUGGGCUCACUGACUCUCAGGUCAGGGCAUUUAGACAUACCAGCACUUUGGCAUCUAUGAAACUCAUGACUGCGCUGGUGGAUGUUGCUCUCAACCUGAGCAUCAAUCUCGACAACGCACAGAAACAGUAUGAGACAGAGCGACAGAAGAACAAACAGAAGCAGUCUGCAGAGAGGCUGCAAGUCUUGAUGAGCAAGAGAACAGAGCUUGAAGAGAAUCAGGAAGAGAUCAGAAACAUGCUGACCUAUAUAUUCAAGGGAGUGUUUGUACACAGAUACAGAGACACUCAGCCAGAGAUCAGAACGAUCUGCAUGCAGGAGAUCGGAGUCUGGAUGAGGAAAUAUCCCAACAUGUUCCUGGACGACAGUUACCUGAAAUAUGUCGGUUGGACGCUCUAUGAUAAGGUUGGUCAAGUGCGAUCGGACUGUUUUAAGACACUGCAGCCUCUUUAUGAGACCAACACCUUUGCCCACAAGAUGGAGCUGUUCACCAAUAGGUUCAAGGAUCGUAUUGUUGAAAUGACCUUGGACAAGGAAUAUGAUGUGGCAGUCGGUGCAGUCAGGCUAGUCAUCAGUAUUUUAAAAGCACAUGAGUCAGUUUUGUCAGACAAAGACUGCGAGAAUGUGUACGAGUUGGUCUACUCCUCUCAUCGUGCUGUGGCACAGGCAGCAGGGGAGUUCCUGAAUGCGAAGCUCUUCCAGCGCGAUGACGAUGCAACAAAGAGUUUGAAAACAAAGAGAGGGAAAAAGAGGAGUGAAAAUACCCCACUGAUUCGAGACUUGGUGCAGUUUUUUAUAGAGAGUGAGCUCCAUGAACACGGUGCCUACCUUGUAGACAGCCUGUGGGAGGUCAAUCAGAUGAUGAAGGACUGGGAGUGUAUGACUGACCUGUUACUGGAAGAACCAGGGAGAGGGGAGGAAGCUCUGGAUGAUCGUCAGGAGAGUUGUCUCAUAGAGAUAAUGGUGUGCUGCGUACGCCAGGCUGCCACUGGGGAAUCACCUGUAGGCAGAGGACCUAACAAAAAGCUGUCCACUAAAGAGAACAAACAAAUUCUGGAGGACAGAACCAAACUGACAGAACACUUCAUUGUGUUUCUACCACAGCUGUUAGCAAAGUACGGUGCUGAUGCAGAGAAGCUGGCCAACCUGCUCCAGAUUCCUCUCCACUUUGACCUGGAGAUCUACACCACUAGCAGACAGGAGAAGUGUCUGGACCUGUUGUUGAACCACAUCCGUGAAAUCAUCGACCGCCACACAGACUCUGAAGUUUUGGAGAACUGCUCUAAGAUUCUGGAGUGUUUCUGCAGUGAGGAGUUUGCCAUAGCCGGGAAGUGUGACGUAGCCAGGAGCACACUGCUAGACGCUCUGGUGGAGAAAUUCAAGGGAGCUCAUCAAGAUUACUUUCAACAGGGUGAUGAACCAGAUGAAGAUGAAGAAUAUUCCUUGGCUGCAGGUUUGAAGAGAAUCUAUGCUUUCUACAGCUGCCAUGACAUGACAGGGUGGAACCUGUGGGACUUGCUGUUCCAGAUUGUGAAGGCUGGAAACGACAACCCUAAUAUUCCUGCAGAAAUUGUCUGUAAAGCAAUCUCCAGUUGUUCUGUGUGCCUGAUGUGGAGUCUGCAGAAAUUAGAUGAAAAUAAUCCUGACAAAGAUGCCAUGAAGCAGUUGAAGAAACGUGUCAGUGAUUUCAUGAAGUUACUUCAUGACCUGAUGUACCAUCAGCAAGAAAAGGUCAAUGAGGAGAGCUACAUUACCAUCUGUGACCUCCUCCUGAUCCUAAGUCGUCAGCUGGGCACCAACCCUGUCAUGAAACCUCUGGUUUAUGAGCCUGACAGAAACCUGCAGGCACAGCUCAGUGGAUACCUCUCUGAUAAGGUGUUUGUUGAGGAUGAAGAUGAAGAGGCAGAUGAAAAUGUAAAAAUCGAAGAACUGCACACUCGCAGAAACCUCCUGGCCUCUUUCUGCAAAUUGGUGGUGUACAAUGUGGUAGGAAUCAAAAUGGCGGCUGACAUGUUCAAACAUUACAUGAAGUUUUACAAUGACUACGGCGACAUCAUCAAGACCACGUUGGGUAAAGCCAGAGAGAUCAACAAAGUCCUCACAGCUAAGACACUGGCCUGUAGUUUAACCCAGCUCUUCAAGGAGCUUCAGGCACAAGGGCCUGUAGAUAGGACUUCUGACAGUUUCCAUAACAUUAAGGAACUUGCCCGCAGAUUUAAUCUGUCUUUUGGUCUAGACCAGGUGAAAAAUAGAGAUGCAGUGGCUGCCAUGCACACGGAAGGCAUCAUCUUCAGUUUGACCCCCCUAGAGAACCCCAAUGACCCCAAAGGAGCCCCACCCAACCUGGGAUUCCUGGAAAUCCUCUGUGAAUUCACCAGCAAGCUGAUGAGGCAGGACAAGAAAGCGGUGGUGAACUUCCUGGACAAACAUCUAAAACAAGGAAUGAUGGCUAACAGAAGUGAGGACUGGCAGCCUCUCCUCAUGUACAGAAACAGCCUCAUUCAGGACGCGGAGGAAAAAACCUCUGUCACUGGCAGGGCGAACACGAUUGGUCGACCCAAAGGUGGACGUAAACGCAAAGUUGUCGGUAUGGAUGGUGGAGAUGCCAGCACCAAUGACGCAUGGCUGAGCAAAGAGCCCGCCACACCUGGACCACUAGGGGAGCCACCUAUGCAUUCCACUGCCGUCAAGAGGAGACGGGUAGAAGAUGACAUGUCAGACUUUGAAGCAUCUUCCAUCCAGAUGUCCCAGAUGUCCCAGUCGCAGAUGUCCCAGUCACAGAUGUCCCAGGCCUCGUGGCUGGGAUCUCAGAGACAGAACAUGGAAAUGUCCCGGCAGAAUGCUGCCAACUACGGCAGACGUAUACAGCAGUCAAGAAUAGAGGAAGAGACCAGUAUUGGGUCUUUCUCCAGUCCAGUACAGCCAUCCCCACAGCAACAGCAGCAGCAGAGGCCCACUCGAUCCUCUCGUGGCCGUAUAGACCCCAAUCUCAUGGUGGAAGAAUCUCCGCAGUUUGACACUGGUUCGGAUGAUCUCCCAGCUGGUUUAAUGUAAGCUGGGCAGAAAGUGCAAGAUACAGAGACCUGACCGGGUAUUUUUGUCAGUUUUGUGGAAGAUUUCUACCUUUUUAUGAAAAGUUGGCAAGUUUUUGGAUUUUGUAAAAUAAAAAGGAUUAAAAACAGAGAACUUUGAAGAUGGAAAUUUUUUCUCCUUGUCUGUAGCCAGUUCAAUUUCUGUGGAUAACAAAAUUGUAUAAAGUUCAGUCUGAGUAAAGCGUUGCUUAAUGUGUACUAUUUUCUGUCAUCAAUGAUAAAUGAUUUUUUUACUACUUUUGUAACAUUAAAAACAUUUUGCCUUGCGUGUUUACAAUCCAUUUUAGAAAGCAUUUUGUAAACAUUUUUAGUGCUUAGCCAAGGCUUAAACCAGCUCAUUUUCACUGUGAGUUUAUUUCUCCGAAUCAAAAGGCAAAAAAUUGAGGAUUACGAGGAAUACAUUUGUCAUUGUGAAAUUAUAAAUUGCCUAGAUACAUUUGCAAUGUUAAAGUUAACAUUAGUGGUAAAUGUUGUAAGUCAUUUCAGUGUAAAUUUGAUUUUUUUUUUUUUUACUUGUUCUUGUGGAGAGUAAAAUAUAAAAAAAAAUUAGUUUAUAAAUUUACAAAUAGGAAAGUGAUUUUUUAAAAUAAUGUUUAUGCCAUACUUAAAAAGUUGCUGUAAACGAACACAAACAUUGAGGUCUAAUAUGUAUGAUGUAUCAGACUUUUUUAAUAGAAAUUUUAGCUGGACUUAAUAUUUAAUUUUUUUUUUUUGAUAGUUACAGUAUGUAAUAUAAUUGUGUAUCACUGUUGUACAUUUUAAGUGUAUUUUUAAACUCAAAAUAGAGAUAUUUAA